GCGAUUAUCUGGGUGCCCCAGCCGCGGUGCAGCCAUCAAGCGGGAGUAUCGCCGCGAGUCCGACAUGGUCGUAUGCCUUUUGACAAUCUCCUGCUGGGCCAUCGCUUACGAGGGAGAUGCGGCCACCUCGAAGAAGCUAGCUGAUCGUUCCGCGGCCAUGAAGCUCCUUGAGGAUCCGUCCGCGCAAAGCAAGAUCGAAGAGUUGCGCCGCGCAGAAACGCGCAAGCAAGCCAAACAGCGUAGCUUCACAAAAGGAAAGUUACUUGAGGGAGGAGGAUCAAGCGCUACAAGACGACCCCGUCGACCGACUAAGUGA